AUGGGUGCAAGAGUAGCAGUGACGGGGAAAAGGAUGGUGAUGGUGAUGGGGAUGGAGAAGGGGAUGGGGAUGGUGAUGGGUAUGUUGACGCGGAAGACGAUGGGGGAAGAGGACGGGGGGAGGGAUGGGACAGAGGAUGGGAAUGGGGAUGGGAAUAUGGAUGGGGAUGGGGAUGGGGAUGGGGAUGGGAAUGGGGAUGGGAAUCGGGAUGGGAAUGGGGAUGGAAAUAGGGAUGGAAAUGGGGAUGGAAAUGGGGAUGGGAAUGGGGAUGGGAAUGGGGAUGGGAAUGGGGAUCAGAAUGGGGAUGGGAAUGGGGAUCGGAAUGGGGAUGGGAAUGGGGGACACUGA